AUGGCCAACAAGGGACCCUCCUACGGCAUGAGCCGUGAGGUGCAAUCCAAGAUCGAGAAGAAGUACGACGAGGAGCUGGAGGAGCGGCUGGUGGAGUGGAUUGCAGCGCAGUGUGGCCCGGAUGUGGGCCGUCCGGACCGCGGCCGCCUGGGCUUCCAGGUCUGGCUGAAGAACGGCGUGAUCCUGAGCAAGCUGGUGAACAGCCUGUACCCCGACGGCGCCAAGCCAGUGAAGGUGCCCGAGAACCCUCCCUCCAUGGUCUUUAAGCAGAUGGAGCAGGUGGCUCAGUUCCUGAAGGCAGCCGAGGACUACGGCGUCACCAAGACGGACAUGUUCCAGACGGUGGACCUCUUUGAAGGCAAAGACAUGGCAGCCGUGCAGAGGACCCUGAUGGCCCUGGGCAGCCUGGCCGUGACCAAGAACGAUGGGCACUACCGCGGAGACCCCAACUGGUUCAUGAAGAAAGCCCAGGAGCACAAGCGGGAGUUCACAGAGAGCCAGCUGCAGGAGGGCAAGCACGUCAUUGGCCUGCAAAUGGGCAGCAACAGAGGGGCCUCCCAGGCUGGCAUGACGGGCUACGGGCGGCCUCGGCAGAUCAUCAGCUAG